AUGUAUAUCCUGAUAUUUGUAUCGAUUGUAAUCGGGAUUUGUUUGUCGAGUCCUUUGUUCAGAGGUUCGGAGAUCAAGAGGGAUGGUAAAGCUUUGAGACGGCCACCAAAUACAUUACCGCUAGUUGGAAAUGGUAUUCUCUUCCUUCAAGCUCGUCAUAAGCUAUUCUCAUGGUUUGUCAAGUGCGAACGGAUAUUUGGUUUCGAGACAUUUGAGAUUUCAGUCCCGUCGUUACCACCUGGUGUGGUGAUUAAUGAUCCAAAAAAUCUCGAGUAUGUUAUGAAGAAUGAAGGAAUCUUUGCAAAAGGGGACUUCUUUAAGAGGAGGUCCUGGGAUUUGUUUGGGAAUGGCAUCAUCAAUGCCGAUGGAGAUUUAUGGAAGGUGCAGCGAAAAGCUGGUUUGAAUUUCUUGAAUGUUGCAAAUCUGAAAGUUCUUACCGAUGUUGCACUCCCAGAGUAUCUCGGUGAGACUUUGUACCAGCUUACAUUUGCGAGAGACGGCGAUAUCAUCGAUCUGGAGGCUGUUUUUCAUGAAUUGACCACAAAGCUCAUGGGCCGGAUGGCAUAUGAUAUGGACAUGAGUUCCGGCGAUCCGUUCUCUUUAGCUUUCGACUACGCAUCUGGGGCUACUUGUGAGAGGUUUCAAAACCCUCUUUGGCCGAUCACUGAAAUGGUAUUUGGUGGUCGUUUUAGAUCAUCAAUAGCAAAGGUUAAAGCGUUUGGUACUGAAAUUGUAUCGAAUGCCGUCAAGGCUCGACAAGAGCAAGAUAAAAAAUGCACCAAGUCAAGCUCUUUGGAGGCUAUCUCUGGCAGUUUAAUUAACUCUUUAUUGGAUUCAAUUGAUGAUCAUCAAAUGGUAGCAGACGCAGCUCUGAAUUAUCUAUCAGCAGGUCGUGAUACUACCGCGCAAGCACUAACUUGGGCUUUCUAUCUUCUCAUGCGUAACCCAGCAGCGGUGGAUAAAGUACGACUAGAAUUAGCCUCUCUGGAUCGUAAAGACCGGCACGGAGUGUACGCAUUACCCACACCCACACUCGUGCCAUAUAUCAUGGCAGUCUUCUAUGAAUCCUUGAGACUUUACCCACCGGUGCCGUUUGAAAUUAAGCAAUGCGAGCAAGCAAACACAUUACCCGAUGGAACAUUCCUUCCUAAGAAUGCUGUACUUGUUUGGUGUCCAUGGGCAAUGAACCGAUCAAAAUUUACUUGGGGUGAGGAUGCUGAUGAUUUCAAACCCGAGAGAUGGCUAGAAGAUGGCGUUCUGAUUUCAAAGACGGCUUUUGAGUACCCAGUAUUCAAUGGAGGACCUCGCACCUGCUUGGGAAAGAAGAUGGCAGAAGUAGUGGCUGCUCAAGUCAUUGCAUUGUUAGUGGAACAGUUCAACUUCACGCCGAUAGACAACAAAGAGAGAAUCAGUAAGAAUAGUCUUACUUUACCCAUGAAGGGCGGCUUGCCGUGUAGAGUCAGCGGUUAUCUUGGCCCUGCAUGA